AGAAAAGAGGAAGAAGAAGAAGAACGCGGAAACGAAUCAUCCAAAAGAGGUUUGGGGCUUUUUGACCUCACUGAAAGAAAGUCCAGUGUGUCUGGGUGGCUUUAAAAGAAAAAAGAAAAGAAAGGCCUAACAACUGGUUGGUCCCAAAAAGCCUGAGAGCAUGGAAGAGGAAAUGUUCGAGGACACUCUGCCUCUCCGGCUGGACCUGACGUGUCCUGUGUGUCAGGGUGUCUUCAGGGACCCCGUCCUGCUGCCGUGUUCCCACAGCUUCUGUCGGGAAUGUCAGCAGAAAAGCUGGGAGUUCAACAACAGGACGUGUCCCGUCUGCAGAGUUCCCUACGAGGAGGGCAGCGCCAUCAGUAACCGAGCCCUCAACGACGCCUGCGAGAGCUUCCUCAAGCAGAACAAUCUGCGGCCCGUCCAGGUCCAACUCAAGGAGGAGGUCUGCAACCUGCACCUGAAGCCGCUGGGGCUGUACUGUGAGAAGGACGAGGAGCCGGUCUGCGUGGAUUGUGUCUCCCAGCACGCCGGACAUAGGCUGUGGUCCCUGAAAGAAGGCACAUCCAUGUGCAAGGCAGAGCUUGGCUUCAAAGUACAGAUUUUUGAAAAGAAAGUGGAAUUGCACAAAAAGAUGACCAAGAAGUUUAGCAAUGCAGUGGAGUAUAUCAAGCAUCAGGCUUCGGAAGCAGAGAAAAUGAUCAAGGCAGAAUUUGAGCGACUCCACCUGGUGCUUCACCAGGAAGAGGCCAAACGACUGGAAGCUCUGUCCAUUGAUGAGCAGGAAAAGAUCGAAAGCAUGCAGAGAAUGAUUAAGGAGACAGAGAGGGAAAUGAAAGAAUUAAAGACCCUCAUUGACACAGUGAAGAAAGAGAUGGGAAAUGAGGAUUUGGCCCUCCUGAAGAAUUUUCAGAAUGUAAAAAGACAAGCCCAGUGGGUUGAACCCGAUCCAGCCUUUCUUUAUGAUUCCCUUAUAGACAUGGGUAAGCAUGUUGGCUCUCUGGGCUUCAACAUAUGGAAAGACAUGAAGGAUCAUAUCAAAUGUUACCCAGUGGUGCUCGACCCGAACACAGCUUCCCCGUGGCUGUCCCUGAGCCCUGAUCUCACCACCAUGAAGGAGAGCUCAGAGCGGAUGACCGUUCCUGACAACCCAGAGCGCUUUGAUCCCAUCGUCUUCGUCAUGGCGACGGAAGGAUACAAAACCGGUAAACACAAAUGGGACGUCAUUGUCGGUGACAACCCCAAGUGGAUCCUGGGAGUGUGCAAAGAGGUUUUGACCCGGAAAAAGAAGUUCACGGUCUCCGCAAGUCGUGGCGUGUGGGCCCUAGGGCUGAGUAAAGGGGUGUAUACUGUCCACACUGAUAAGCGUACAGAGGUAAUGGUGCCACAGUGUCCUGAAAAAAUACGCAUCAAGUUAAAUAUGGAUAAGGGAGAGGUGUCGUUCUGGGAUGGGGGGAGAGAGAAGCACUUGGUCACUCUUACACACAAGUUUGAAGGGAGAAUAUUCCCAAUUUUUGGCCCUGGGCUUCAUACUACUCCUAUGGUUCUGGUUCCUGGAAAAAUUGCUAUACACACAUAAGCGGCCUCCUCCCCACAAUAUUACAGAAAAAUUCAAGUUGAUCAAAUUUUGGAUGAAUUUAACUUAAAAAAAGAGAAAGCUUUUAAUGAAAAGUUAGGUCUGUACACCCUACCAAAUAGGUUUGCUGUGGAAAAAAAAAUCUGAAUUGGAUUGAAAAAAAAAAAAGGAGAUUAGUUUGCUAUU